AUGGCCUUCCCUCCGCGCUGGCUCAACAGGCAAUGCAUCGCCUUCACGAUGCUCUGCUUCCUCGCAGUCUUCCUCAUCAUCUCGCUCUCGCUUCCGUGGUAUGGAAUCGUGCAAAACAACGUGCCACAUCCGAGAUCUGAUAGUGAUACGAUGGCGGCGCUCGUCGGCGUCUUCUACUGGACGGGCUACUCGACCGCAGUCGCCCCCAACUACACCCAAUCCUACGCCUCGCACAAGAGCUGGGACGAAUUCCCGACGAAUGGACCCAAGAACAUCUACAUGACCUGCAUGGCCUUCACCCUCCUCGCCCUCAUCUUCUCCGUCGGCCUGGCAUUCUUCGUCCUCGUGGCCUCGAUGCUCAGGAACUCCCGCCGGUGGUUCGAUCUCGUCUGCUGCGGCAAGACCAAGUGGAUCCUCUUCGGCGUGUCGCUCGUAAUCGUCGGGUUCGUCUUCCUCUCAUGGGUCAUUUUCUUCGGAUUCUCCAAGGCCCUCGGCGAUGACGGCUCCAUCUGCCCCGAUCCCGCCUACGUCGGCGAGAACCGUCUCUGGUGCGGAGCUUUCCUCGGUGCCAACGCCAGCCUCGGCCGCCUCCACUCCCAGUACGCCUGGGCUCCCAGCAUCGGGUGGGUCUUCGCCGUCUUCAGCAUGGUGUGGGCGCUCGGCGUUUCGUUCUUCCUCUUCAUCGUCAAGCCCGCCGAGCACUACCAGAAGCUGGGCGAGGAGGGUGUCGACCGACACGAACGAGAACCCGUCUACGAGGCCCGCGGCGGCUACGAUGCCCGCAGCAACUACGGUGGUGGUUACGGCGGCGGCGGCGGCGGCGGCGGUUACGGAGGCGGCUACGAGCAGCAGCGCGGCGGCGGCUACGGCGGCGAGGAGAAGUACGGCGGGCGCGGUGGCGGCUACGGCGGCGGCUACGGUGGUGGCGGCGGCUACGACAAGUACUGA